AUGGAACACACGAGCAGCACGCUCGCGUCAGCGGGAAAGGAAAACACGAGGCCUUGGGUAACAAAGCCGACAGCCGUCCCCAAGACACCCACAGCGCGAGUCGGCGUUAACAACCCCGGGAGAACGGCGGCGGCAACCACCAGCAAGCGCGCGGCGGCGGCGGGCAGGAGCGGAGGGCGCGGGUCGGCCUUAUCCUUGCGCGCGGACGGAAAUGGCGGCGGCCCGUCUUCUGCUCUGAGGGCCAAGACGACCGCUGCUGCCUCCUCUGCUGUUCGCCGCAAGCGGCAGGGGGAGGAGAUAGCCGACGUCAGCAACAGCAGCGGCGACUUCACCGGCCCUCAGCGUGUGCGCAUCAACAGCAACAGCGUCCCCGCCGACAUCUCGCUCUCGUUCUGGUCGCUGCCGGCGUCCACGCCAGACAGCAAGAGCGGUGGCGGCCGGCUCACGUCGAAGACCGUUACGAAGGGCACCGCAGCAGGCGGCAAGAGUGCGUCCGCGUCGACGCGCAAGCGCGCUCGCGGCGGCGGAACACCGCAAGCAGUGGAAACAACAGUGACCACGGCAGCUACAAGAGCCGAGGCAAGGCACCAGGCCUCCAAGUGGAGCAGCGGUGCUACCGCCAGCACCACGGCUACUGGCAGCAGUGCAUCCGACCCGAGUGCCGCUGCGAAGACGGACCGUGCGGCAGCAGCAGCGACAGCAAAAGUAGAUUCGGUCCCAAGUAAUCCCUUCGGGACAGACAUAUCUCACAUCCUGAGCUGGAAGCCCGCUCCCCGACAGAACGCCGCCGGCUCCGAUGGCACCGGUGGCAGCCCAACAACGGGCUCCGCAUCGACCAACACCACGCCAGAGGCUGGCAGUAAGCAGGAGCAACACAGCAGCACGGGGGGACCCAGCACUCAGCAGCCAACAGCAGCAGCAACCGGGAGCUUCGGUCGCUCCUCUGCUUCUUCGUCUUUUAUGACCGUUGCGAGCAGCGGCGACGGGUCACGGGGUCGAACGGCGGGCGGUGUUGGCGAGGAGGCUGGCGUUGGAGCGGCGGGUAGACCCAGGACGCGAGCACCACCGCUGAAGUCGUUCGCAAAGUGGCCACCAGCUCGUACCACCCCAACGGAAAUGGGAACCGCCACCGUAUCCGCACGGCCCGCGAUUUCGUCGCUGGAGGCUUUGAGAGUGCGAGUAGUGAAAAAGGUGGGUGAGAAGAGCGAUGACGGUGACGACGGAGGAGGUGGCCCUAGCAGUGACGAUGAUGGCGACGAUGAUGGCGACGACGACGAUAGCUUCGAAGUGGACUUGAAGCUAGAGGCUUACGACGCGGAGGUUCGGAGGCGUAGCGCGGACGCGGCGGUUGCUCCGCGGCCCGGUGCGGUGGAAUCGCGAUCAUCGUCGAUUUCGGCAGGGGCACGACCACCGUCACGCUUUCGGACGACUUCCGCCGCAGAGACAGCUCCAGGAGCGUUGAUCACGGCCACAGCAGGCGCCUCGCACGAGGGUGGUUCGAGAGCUGGUGGGUUGCCGGGAACGGGCGCUGGUCCUGCAGCAGCAGCAGCAUCCGUCGAGGAGAAGGCACCGUCGGAGCCGGCGGUAUCAGGGACAUCGGCGCCGCGGGGACCCGCUUCUUCCGUGAUCACGACGCAUGAUCUCGGCGCCAACGGCUGUGGUAACCGCGGGCGGGGUUUCCUCGAAAGGGGUGGCAGUGGUGGUGGUGGUGGUGGUGGUGGGCCGCUCUGGCGUUCGGCAAGCGGGACUGGAGGAGCGAGAGACGAGGCCGGCAUGUACGAGGUUGCCGAGGAGGACGAAGAUAUGAGCCUCACCAUCGGGACCGGAAGCGGACGGCCUAUGGUCCCGGUCAUGACGGGGGGCGGCGCCGGAAGCGGCGGUAACCUCCGCGGGCGGCGCCAGGGCGGCGGAAAUGCGGCCUCCCGAAACGGUACCGGUGUCGCCGCUCAAGACCCCGGGGGCACGGCGGCGGCGGCGGCAGCAUUGCCCGUUUGCGAGCAUUCACCCUUGUCCGCGUGCGUCAGCAGCAGCAGCAGCAGCAGCAGCAGUGACCCCCGAGUUUUUUCUGCCGAGGAAGGGGGGUCGAAGGGAGAUUUGAGGGCGAACGUGGGCUCUAAGUGGACAGAUAACAGCGACCGGGGCGGAGGAAGUGCUGGCAGCGAGGGGUUAGGCGAUGGGGGCAGCUCUUCAAGUGGGCUGUUGGGCAUCGGCGGCAGGGGAUGCAGCUUCGACAAACCUGGCAACGUGGUGGCAUUUGACCAGUCGUCGGUCUCGCACAAGAGGAGUUGGUCGGAGGUGAUGGUGAACGGAGUCCUAUACCUUAAGACGGCUCAGAUUGGACGGGGCGGCAGCAGCAAGGUUUUCAGAGUCGUUGCUCCGGAUUGUGAGAUGCUGGCGCUGAAGGUUGUCAAAGUGGAUAACCACGCCGAAAAUGCGAAAGGUCUGUUGGACAGCUAUUCGAACGAGAUCGAGCUACUCAAGAGCCUGCAGGGGAAUCGUUUCAUCAUCAACCUCGAGAACUCGGAGGUGGACAGAAGAAGAGGGCUCAUCUACAUUGUCCUGGAACUGGGGGAAACGGACCUAGACCAGCUGAUGCGGCAGUACAAGGCCAACAUCGCCUCAUCACGGGCCGACCCGAAAGCGUUGGGCUUGUUUCCGGGAGGUCUGGACGCCAAUUUCGUGAGGGUGAUCUGGCAGCAGAUGCUGAAGGCAGUUCAGGCCAUGCACGAACAGAGAGUGGUGCACGGUGAUCUGAAGCCGGCCAACUUCGUGUUCGUUAAGGGCUCCCUCAAGCUUAUCGACUUCGGCAUCGCCAAGGCUAUCUCGAACGACACCACCAACAUCUCGAGGGACUCGCGGGUCGGCACGAUGAACUACAUGUGCCCAGAGGCAUUCGAGGACACGGGGAACGGGGAGUUGGACCCCGCAACAGGAAGCCAGAAGCCGGUCAUCAAGCAGGGCCGACCUAGCGACAUCUGGAGCCUCGGCUGCAUCCUCUACCAGAUGGCGCAUGGCAAGACCCCGUUUUCUCAUCUCGGAAUGCUGAACAAGAUUCGAGCAAUCACGGACCCCACCCACGCCAUCGCAUUCUCCGAUCUGGAGGACGGCUUCCUGGUGGAAACCUUGCGGGCGUGCUUGCGGAGAGAUCCGUCGGAGCGCGCGUCGAUUGGCGGCACGGAUGGAUUGCUCUCGCACCCUUAUCUCCACCCCACGGCGGCGAGAGACGCCGCUAACGCUCUCGCUGUGAGAGCCAACGCUCUCGCGGCGAGAGCCAACGCGCGAGCCGCCGACCUAGAGAAGACGCUCGAAACGAAGGCGGAGGAGCGGGUCGAAGGCGUCAAGCGAGAGCUCUCGGCGAGAUAUGAGGAGAUGGUGGCUGCGGAGGUGACGAAGGCGGUGGCUGCGGAGCAGGCCAAACAGAUGGCGGGACUGUCGAUCGCCAAGAGCGCCCUCAAGCACAUCAUCGCCAACACGGUCCGAGUCCUGCACGCGGAGAAGUACUCGGGAGGGAGCAGCCUCGACAGGGCCAAUCUCGACCGAAUUACGGGCCUGGUCAUCGACUUGGGUCGAGGUGGCGGGGGUGGGAUCCAGGCAACCGGCACCCGGCAGUGACAAUCAUGCCGACCAGACCCUCAUUGGACUCGUGCUGUGUUUGUUAUGCCUUUGUUCCAUUGUGUGUUUUGUACAUAGAGCUGGCCCGGUCAGCUUCCAGCGGGUACCCUUUCGCAUAUUGUUUGAUGGCUACUUUGUUGUGGACCCCGAGGGAGUAAUUCUUGCUUCCGUAGACUAGUGAAGUGGAUCGAAACGCGAAUGAAAGCGGGUUUUACGCAGUCCACACACGUCGCUGGGGCUGAUGGUCAUGAGAUUGAUGCUUGUGCUUUUCCGUCCAUAGAUGCGACGACGUGUGUCGUUUGAUUGUGCAGCAUGCGAACCGCCCUUUCUGGGGUAUGUAAUACGGUAUGGUUUUUCGUGGAAGUGUUGGUGUCGGUGCUCGCACGGUGGCAUUUUUGAUUUUCCUCGAAAUUGUAAGUUGGCCCCGUUUUUUUUUGGGAAGGGAGUCCGAAGCGGUAUGACAUGUUGGGUGAUCGCGUACUUACCGGAAUAUCUCGUACUGAAACGCUAGUAUGCUGAGUGCAUGAUUCCGUGCUUUUUUUCUGUGGUGAUUGUUCUGACGGCUGUGCUGCGAGGUGGUACUUGAUCGCAUCGAUGAUGGCGCCAUUUUCUUCACCUAACCGCCCGCAUCAACGUUGUUGUCUUGGUCGGAAUCGUCUAGAUGUCGCCUAUUCUCCAGAAUAUUAUCGGCUACCGUUCGCAUUGCGAGAUGGUGUAUGGAGUG